GGUGAUGGGACACCCAGCUGGGACUCUCCAUGCUGCUCCAGAAGUGCAUCGCCAUCGCUCUUUGGAAGCUCACAUCGCCAGACAGCUACCGCUCUGCGGGGAUCCAGUCCAUCCUGGGGAGAUCAACUAUUGGGACGGUGUUCAUUCAGGCGGUCAAGGCCAUCCACUCUCUCCUGCUGCGGAGGGUCCUCUCUCUGGGCAACAUGGACCCCAUCAUCACUGGCUUUGCCGCCAUGGGCUUCCCCAACUGCAGGGGGGUCAUUGACACCACCCACAUCCCCAUCCUGGCUCCCGACCACCGGGCUGCAGACUAUAUCGAUAGAAAGGGGGACUUUUCAAUGGUGCUGCAGGCCCUCGUGGGCCACGGGCCAGUUCACAGACAUUUACGUUGGAUGGUCGGGGAAAGCGCAUGCCGCCCACAUAUUCCAGAAUUCUGGUCUCUUCCACAGGAUGCAUGCUGCAUAGUGGUGGAAGGGACCCUCAGCCGCCUCCAGGGGAGGUUCCAGAGUCUCCUCACUUGCCUGGACCUCGAUGACUGGAACAUCCCUUCAGUGGUAGCGGCCUGCUGUAUGCUCCACAAUAUAUGCGACAACAAGGGGGAGACUUUCCUAGUUGACGUCAUCUUUGAUGGCAUUAUGGAAACUUGUACAAAGAAUAACAUCAAAUAG